GGAGGUAUUGGAUGGAAGGAGCUGUGUUAUCAGGAGGUAUUGGAUGGAAGGAGCUGUGUUAUCAGGAGGUAUUGGAUGGAAGGAGCUGUGUUAUCAGGAGGUAUUGGAUGGUAGGAGCUGUGUUAUCCAACAUGGAGGUGAUGUUAUCAGGAGGUACUGGAUGGAAGGAGCUGUGUUAUCAGGAGGUAUUGGAUGGAAGGAGCUGUGUUAUCCAACAUGGAGGUGAUGUUAUCAGGAGGUACUGGAUGGAAGGAGCUGUGUUGUCAGGAGGUAUUGGAUGGAAGGAGCUGUGUUAUCAGGAGGUAUUGGAUGGAAGGAGCUGUGUUAUCCAACAUGGAGGUGAUGUUAUCAGGAGGUACUGGAUGGAAGGAGCUGUGUUAUCAGGAGGUACUGGAUGGAAGGAGCUGUGUUAUCAGGAGGUACUGGAUGGAAGGAGCUGUGUUAUCAGGAGGUACUGGAUUGAAGGAGCUGUGUUAUCAGGAGGUAUUGGAUGGUAGGAGCUGUGUUAUCCAACAUGAAGGUGAUGUUAUCAGGAGGUACUGGAUGGAAGGAGCUGUGUUAUCAGGAGGUACUGGAUGGAAGGAGCUGUGUUAUCAGGAGGUACUGGAUGGAAGGAGCUGUGUUAUCAGGAGGUAUUGGAUGGAAGGAGCUGUGUUAUCAGGAGGUAUUGGAUGGAAGGAGCUGUGUUAUCAGGAGGUAUUGGAUGGAAGGAGCUGUGUUAUCAGGAGGUACUGGAUGGAAAGAGCUGUGUUAUCAGGAGGUACUGGAUGGAAGGAGCAGUGUUAUCAGGAGGUACUGGAUGGAAGGAGCUGUGUUAUCAGGAGGUAUUGGAUGGAAGGAGCUGUGUUAUCCAACAUGUAGGUGAUGUUGUCAGGAGGUAUUGGAUGGAAGGAGCUGUGUUAUCAGGAGGUACUGGAUGGAAAGAGAUGUGUUAUCAGGAGGUAUUGGAUGGAAGGAGCUGUGUUAUCCAACGUGGAGGUGAUGUUAUCAGGAGGUACCGGAUGGAAGGAGCUGUGUUAUCCAACAUGGAGGUGAUGUUGUCAGGAGGUAUAGGAUGGAAGGAGAUGUGUUAUCAGGAGGUAUUGGAUGGAAGGAGCUGUGUUAUCAGGAGGUACUGGAUAGAAGGAGCUGUGUUGUCAGGAGGUAUUGGAUGGAAGGAGCUGUGUUAUCAGGGGGUAUUGGAUGGAAGGAGCUGUGUUAUCAGGAGGUAUUGGAUGGAAGGAGCUGUGUUAUCAGGAGGUAUUGGAUGGAAAGAGCUGUGUUAUCAGGAGGUAUUGGAUGGAAGGAGCUGUGUUAUCAGGAGGUAUUGGAUGGAAGGAGCUGUGUUAUCCAACAUGGAGGUGAUGUUAUCAGGAGUUAUUGGAUGGAAGGAGCUGUGUUAUCAGGAGGUAUUGGAUGGAAAGAGCUGUGUUAUCAGGAGGUAUUGGAUGGAAGGAGCUGUGUUAUCAGGAGGUAUUGGAUGGAAGGAGCUGUGUUAUCAGGAGGUAUUGGAUGGAAGGAGCUGUGUUAUCCAACAUGGAGGUGAUGUUAUCAGGAGGUACUGGAUGGAAGGAGCUGUGUUAUCCAUCAUGGAGGUGAUGUUGUCAGGAGUUAUUGGAUGGAAGGAGCUGUGUUAUCAGGAGGUACUGGAUGGAAGGAGCUGUGUUAUCAGGAGGUAUUGGAUGGAAGGAGCUGUGUUAUCAGGAGGUACUGGAUGGAAGGAGCUGUGUUAUCAGGAGGUAUUGGAUGGAAGGAGCUGUGUUAUCAGGAGGUAUUGGAUGGAAGGAGCUGUGUUAUCAGGAGGUAUAGGAUGGAAGGAGCUGUGUUAUCAGGAGGUAUUGGAUGGAAGGAGCUGUGUUAUCAGGAGGUAUUGGAUGGAAGGAGCUGAGUUAUCAGGAGGUAUAGGAUGGAAGGAGCUGUGUUAUCAGGAGGUAUUGGAUGGAAGGAGCUGUGUUAUCAGGAGGUACUGGAUGGAAGGAGCUGUGUUAUCAGGAGGUACUGGAUGGAAGGAGCUGUGUUAUCAGGGGGUAUUGGAUGGAAGCAGCUGUGUUAUCCAACACUGUUAACAUGGAGGUGAUGUUAUCAGGAGGUACUGGAUGGAAGGAGCUGUGUUAUCCAACACUGUUAACGUGGAGGUGAUGUUGUGUUAUCAGGAGGUACUGGAUGGAAGGAGCUGUGUUAUCCAACACUGUUAACGUGGAGGUGAUGUUGUGUUAUCAGGAGGUACUGGAUGGAAGGAGCUGUGUUAUCCAACACUGUUAACGUGGAGGUGAUGUUGUCAUGAGGUACUGGAUGGAAGGAGUUUGAAAGCAGUUGUUAAUAGGUUUGUGGAGAGAAGGCCUUAACUCGAAUUUCUGGUGUAAUGUAGGGAUUGAAACCCCCCUCCCCCCAAAAAAAA